GGCCUGUCCUGUUGUGUUGGGGGCCCUGAGGGGGCUGGGCCGUCAGAACGUCUGCGAUCUCGGGCUGCGCGUGCCCCGUAGCCCUUCGGAUGGAUUUUCCUUCCUGCAGAGCGGCUUCGUGGCGUUUUGCUUUAAGAAUUUCGGUUUCUCUUCUGCUCCUUAUUGAAGCCCCUCCAGUGCGGGUGUGUCGGAUGCUCCGUGUUGUGACGCUGCUGCGUAGCAGGAAAACAAGCAAUGAAAUCAAUGAGGUUCCUUUCUUUGAUGUCCAUCUGCCAUACGAACUGGCGUUGAAGAUAUUUCAGUAUCUGGGAAAGGCUGAACUGGGAAAGUGUGCUCAGGUCAGCAGAACAUGGAAAGUGCUCGCAGAAGAUGAAGUGCUGUGGUACCGGCUGUGCCAACAGGAAGGAUACCUGUUGGAUGUGAGCAUCUCUGAUCGGCCCUGCUGGAAGCUGGCCCUGAAGGACUGCCGUGCCAAGGAGCGUGCUCUGCGAACCAACUGGAAGAACCGCAGUGGUGCUGUGAGUCAGCUGCAAUACGAGCUGGGAAAAAUCCUGUGUGAUGUACAUUCUUGUGAUGGAGUUGUUAUUGCUGGACAGGUUGCUGCUCUGGAGAAAAAUGGGGCCACUGGGUUGUGAGCAGGUUUUCUGAUGCCUGACUUCGGGGAGCAGCUGCAGCACUGUGUCUGAGCACGGCCAGGCCAGCCAGGCAUUACGGGCUGCUUUGUCACUGGGAACUGUGGCACUGCAUAGCAGCUGCUCCCUGCUUUCCAGAGGUGCAGUUGGGAUCUUGGG